AUGGGUUAUUUGACUGCUGACUUUGGUGUUAAUGCACUGAAACAAAACGAUCCCAACUUCAAAGUGCUGCGGAAGGGACGCCUGUAUCCUGCGUACAGCCUGAGCGGUAGCGAGGGCGAGGAAACGAGCAGUAAUAACGCGCCACCCAGCCACAGAUCGGUCGGCGGAGGAGGUGGUGGCCGUGGCGGUGGCUACCCCGGCCACCCGGCCGUCACCAACCCCUACAACUCGGGCACGCACAAGAGAUCCUAUCAGCAGCAACAGCAGCAUCCUUUAUACCACGUGCCAAGCAGCGGGGCAGGGCUCAGCGACACCCCGACCUCGGGCAACGCCUCCGACGAGACCCUCACCGACAGCGAGCUCACCAACCUCGCCAGGGACUCGACUCUUCUCGUCCAUAACGCGGUCGACGCCAAACCGUGCAACAACUUCCAACUAAUGUACUGCGAUUUGAAGUGCAUUUUCAGCGACAACACCUGCAUAGCCGGAGAUGGGAUGUUCAAUUACACGUGUACUUGCACACAGCCCCUAUAA